GCAGUCUCUGCUAUGAUGUAAUGAUGGCCAAUCAGUUGGGCAGAACUCAUAACUCUCUGCUCUAACUACUUACCCUCUAAGAAUAGACUAUUUUUAACAUGCUAAAAAUAAUUGAUAUUUCCUUCAAGUAACAACACCCUAUUGCCUGAAAAGGGAAGGACAUACUGCAUAAUAUGGUCUUAGCAGUAUAUAGUCCGCAACAUGACUGAAUGAUCACAAUUUGAAUGUUUUCAUCAUAGAUCUACUUAUUCAAUGCUGACUUGGGAACGACAGAAAGAAAAAGGGAGUUAAACUUAUCAGUUAACGAAAUACACAACGAUGACAUUGGUCAUUGUUGUAUCGUCACCGGUAAAAUCUCAAGUUCGAGUACGAUUAUUUACCAGAUUUAACUUCUGCGACUAUGUUGGUCAGCUGCAGUAUCCACAAAACGUGUCGCAAACUGAGCAUUUCUUGUGUCAUUGUAGAAGAGACAAUGUGCUGAUUAUGCAAAUUACUUUCUAGGCUCAGGUUUAGCAUUGCCCACUAUGACGUAACUGGCUCGCCAGUAAUGGAUACAGAAGCAGGUACCUGUGGUACCUGCUCGCAACUUGAUAGACUGUGCUGAUGAAAGAUAAGUUUCUUAGCCAUGGCUGCAGUCUGUUGAACUAUAUCAUACUGUAGUACUUGCUUACAGAUAAUUAAUUGCUUAAAUUCAAAUUAGGGUCCUUUUGUUUUUCUUUAUUUACUGUAGACCAGCUGCUUCUUGGUUGGACACAUUUCAAGACUAAAAAACAACCUUACAUAGAUACAGGCAUAUACACAUUUUAUAAAUGUUGUAAUUACUUGAAGCCAAAAAUAAUCUUAAUACAAGGAAACCAAGUCCACCUGGAGAAUACAUGAAUACAUGCAUGAAUAAAACACGAUUUUUUUCUAUGGUAACCGAUAAGAAGUAGGAAGAAAACAUAACAAAUAAAUCUAAAAAGGGCGAUAUGGAAAUAAGAAGAGAGUAACAAGAAGUAAAAAACGAAAUAUUUUACGAAAGAAAAGACAAGACUCGCCAAGUAAGGCAAUGAAAGAAGACCAGUAUAAAACAAGAAACCAUGCUGAGAGUAAAAGAUGUGUUAGACAAGACUUGUGUUGACAUGUCGAGCUAUAUAACAAUGGUUUGUCAGUGUGGUUAACCUUUUUUUGCGGUACUCUCUUGAAUACAUAGCACUGCGACGUUAUCGUCUACACUAUUAACUCCUGAAACAUCGUAAUCUGUUGUGUAUGAAAACAUUUAUUCCUGGGGAGCGACUGUGAAAAUUCUGGAGUCUGUAUUGCAAAUAUGAUUCAAGAUUGAAAUUUUAGAAAAUGUAUGGAGAAGACUUUGAGACUUCUAUAAAGAUUGUAGUUGUUGGUAACGGUGGUGUUGGUAAGUCUAGCAUGAUCCAGCGUUACUGCAAAGGCAUAUUUACACAAGAAUAUAAGAAGACAAUUGGUGUUGAUUUCUUGGAGAAACAAAUAAUAGUGGGUACCCAGAAUAUACAUUUAAUGCUGUGGGACACAGCUGGCCAAGAAGAAUUUGAUGCCAUCACUAAGGCAUAUUAUCGAGGUGCUCAAAUAUGUAUUCUGGUAUUUUCCACUGUGGACAGGGAAUCUUUUGAGGCUAUUGAAGGAUGGAAACAAAAAGUCGAAGAGGAAGUUGGCAGUAUUAUAACUGUUAUUGUACAGAACAAAAUUGACUUGAUAGACGAAGCAGUUGUACAAAUACAAGAAGCUGAAGCUUUGUCACAGAAGUUACAGCUGAGAUUCUAUAGAAUUUCGGUGAAAGAUAAUUUAAAUGUUAAUGAAGUUUUUAGGUAUUUAGCUGAGAAAUAUAUCACUGAAAUGAAUUUCCAUCUAACUGGAGAUGUUCCCUUCCAGAAAAUAAUUGGUUCCACUUUACCAAAAUGCUGGUAUUCAACUAAAAGAAAUGCAUUCAACAGAAAAGAUAUUUCCUUACGUUCCAUGGAAAAAAGACUUCGAACUAGUAAAAAGGAGAAGAAACAUUCUGUUGACCUAAAGUGUUCCAUUCUUUGAAUCAGGAUUUCUCAUUGCAGUCAAUUAACUGAAUGCCAUUCUCUGACUAUCAUUGAAUACAUGAAAUGAUUCCCUCAUUUUGAAGAUCUUAAUAAACUAUUUUUUAUCCCAUUAA